AUCGUGCAGCACGGAAAGUGUGCUCGGAGGAAUCGAUAGAUUGGCAUUCGAAAUUUUGAAUGUCAAUGGAAUUUUCAUUGCCUCGGCUUGGUCCAGAUCGACUCUGAAUGCACUAGUGUGCUGCCGAGUUCAUCUGUUAAAAAAAUACCAUUAGGACAGUUUGCAGCUCAUAUUUUGCAUUCGCUCCAACGUGAUCUACGCCAAAUUUCGUGUCUACCAUGGCUGCAUCCAAGGCUAUUGAGAAUCCAGAAGUACCAGGACUCGAGUGUCUGUUGCCGCCUCCUCCUCCCCCACCACCUCCUCCGACAAGUCCACAGGGAAGCAGGGUAGAGGAUAAAAUAUCAAUUUCGACAACGGACGCUUCCAGUACGAAUCUUGCGAUUCGUGACAAUUCGGCGAUAUCGGCAAUUUCUUCGAGCAGGACUGCCACUGCAUUGCAUACAACAACAGCUGGUACCGUGCAAAGUGGCGCAUUUCCAAGUGUCCGUUCUACCUCCUCGUACUUUCCACAUCCUGUGGUAGCUGGACAAUCUCCGGCUCCUGAAGUGACACCUUGGUGGAUUGCUGAAGUCGAUUCGGAUGUUUAUGAUGCUUCUCAGUACGGUCAGUGGUACGAUGCGUCGUACAAUGCGACAACUGCCAAUUCAACGACCACAGCCUCAUCUUCAGGUUCAACAGCGUCGGUGUCGGCAUCGCAAUCCUCUGGAAAGAACAAGAACAAAUAUUACAAACGCAAGAGCGAGUUCAUUGACCCCGCUCAGGAUGCAGAAAAAGUCGCGAAUGCGCAGAGGGAACUAUCGGCCUUGAUGAAGCCGCUCAAGUGCGACCUGUGUAACGCAGUUAUGAAUUCUUCGCUCCAAGCGAAACUUCACUACGAUGGGAAGCCACAUCAGAAGAAGGUCUCCAUGUUUCUUAAUCAGAGCGUUAAAAAACUCAAAUCCGAGGACGGUCAAGUCUCAAGUACCACCGGUAACGAGUGGAACACUUAUUGCGACAUCUGUAAGACUUGGUUCACGUCGCAAACUGACGCGACGCAGCAUUACGCCGGAAAGAAACACGUCAGAGCAGCCAACGGAGGCCCGCGAGUUAGGACACCAAAGAAGUUUUCCAAUCAGAAUCAAUACAGUCAGGUGGAUUCUACAGGGCGGUUCGGAAUAGGAGUGGCUUUUCAGAACGAGCCUCAAAUCGUACCCGUGGUAACCGCAGCUGCAGAGAGUGCACCAUCCCCAGUUGUUAUCACUGCACCAAGAUCAACGACUUCUCUCUAUACACCAUCUCCCUAUCCCACGCCAUUGCGCUGUGAUCUGUGUGGGGUGUCUGCGAAUCGACAGGAUCAACUGGAGACGCACAAACGCGGGGCCAGACACCUCAGAAUGUUGAAGCUAAACGGGUUGCCUUUACCUGAACCGGUUCAGGAUAACGAAAGCAUGCCAACAGCUCCUGGCCCGAUUGAUUACUCUAUUUACAGAACACCCUCGGGCCAAUAUUAUUGUGCGCCCUGUAAUUUAUCUCUCAAUUCCGAGAGCAGUUUUGCUCAACACGUUGAGAGUAAAAAGCACAAAAACCAAUUGAAUCCGAAAUUGGCAUCCUCCUUGGUAGCCGCAGGAACAAUCACGUCGCCUUCGUUGAGCGCAUCUAAGAAAACACGAUUCAAGAAGAAAUAGUAUCCUGGCGUCUCGUCUUCUACCUUCCUAUUUACCAUUCAUUGUUUUCAGAUGGUUUCUCCAUUGGUCAUGGUUUAAAUCAGGUCCACCGUUUACCUCGUUAUGUAAAGAUAUGUAGCAUUUUAGGAUUUUACCACAAUAGGAGACAAGAUGUAUAUACUUAACGACGUGUUUCAUGUACAGUAUAAUUUUUUGUUGUUGAAGGAAAUACUAAAUUAUGCCCAUAUUGAUUGCUCUAUAAAUAUAUUAGUCUGAGACGAAAUUUAUAUUAAAUUCUCAUUAACUAUAGAUUAAAUUAUAUCUUACUGAUA